AUGCCUCCUGCACUUCAUCUAUCUGGGCCAUGUGAAGUAUGCGGUCAACCGGCACAUGGAAGACAUUUCGGAGUGUUCAGCUGUCGCGCCUGCGCAGCGUUUUUCAGAAGAGCCGCUCGAAAAAGUGCCAAAUCACAAGAUAUUAUUUGUCCAAAGGGAAAUUGCAUAAUUUUCGAUCAUGGAGAAUACCGAUGUAAAAUGUGUCGUCUAAAACAGUGUUUAGAAGUUGGAAUGGACUGUAGCAAGUUCCAUGAUAAUCAUGAUCUCAUUUCAAAUGUGAUCAACUAUUCCAAACGUUCUGUGCCACAAAGUCUCUCAAAUUUUCUGGGUCGACCUGAAAUGAUUUUGAGCUGUGAACCGGAUAAAAUGUCACGUGUCAAGACUAUUAUAGAUAUGACAUGGCUAAUUGAAAAAGCAGUGAAAGUAUUUCAAAAGGAACCAACAACACUCAUUCCGUAUCAAGUGAACAACAGUCUCGAACGAAUGUCACUCGCAUUGGCAAACCAGCAAAAAGAAGAGACGAAUCAGAAGUUGGAAGUUUGGAAAGUGUUCGGAAAAAAGGAAAUAUUGUACACUUUUGAGCAAAUGUUCCUCGGUGCAACUCAAUGGUUAGCCGAGCUCCCGGAGUUCAGGGAGCUAGAUAUGGCUAUCAAGACGGAAAUUCUAAAAUCUUGUUGGAUGUUAUGGAAUAGACUGAACUUUUUGGCAGAAUCAGCAGAAUAUCACAGAAACAAAGUACUUGGAGGUACUAUGUUCAUGGUUACAGAAGGCGCAUGUAUAAAUGUGCAACAGCUAAAUGCCGAUGUGAGUUGGUGUACGAAUUAUUCGAUGGAACAGGUUGGAGCAUUAUUGAUGCCAGAUGCUACAAAGCGAUGGAUUGAACCCGUCAGCGAGUUGUUAAAGUUGAAUCCUACCGACGUAGAACUCAACUUCAUGCUUCUGCAGCUUUGUCUUCAUGACGCGGGAAAGAAGUUUCAAGGGAAAAUAUUGGAAACAACUGAUGAAAUCAUUCGUAUUCAUGCAGACAAUCUACAUGAGUACUACACAAAAACGCAGAAAAUGUAUAACUACUCGGGACGAUUGACUCGAUUGCUGAGAAUAAACAAAGACAUCGAAACAGAUGUGAGACAUCAAAGAGAAAAACAACGGAUUGCAGAAUUGUUUAAUGUACUUUCACUCCAAUAUUCACAUCCAGAAAUGUUCGAGUUUACAUGA